AUGGCCAUGAUGUGCCUCCGGCGUUACUGGGGCUCGGAUAUAACAGUGAUCGCAUGCAACCUCCUUGAAAAAGGAAUCGCCAUAAAGACAUUGCUACCAAUGCUUCCCCGUUUCAGGCCUGUUUAUGCCGACUACAUCGUGUAUGAGCAACACUGUCACAAGUUCAUGAACCAGCCUCGCGCAAGAGCAGCCCUUCUUCAUGACUUAUUUGAUGAUGAGCUGUCGGACGAGGAGGUAGAUUUCAUGUGUGGGACAUAUUAUGUGCAUAACAAUGACGGGAAUGUGGAAAUUGUCUCUUGGUGGCCUAGACCCCAGGCGUGGGCUGCCUCAGGGCUGAAUGUGGGGUUCUGGUCCAGUCGAUGUGAAUCUUGGUUCUAG